CCCAUCAGUCAGCCGCUCAUGCAUACCGAGAGCGAGGAACCAGAGAGAGGAGGGCCCACCUUCCCCACUGAGCCUGCGCGCGAUUUCUUUCUCCGCCGCCGCAUCCGAUCUCGAUCCCCCGACGCGGCGAGUCCUCCGGUCAGCGCCGCCGCCUCCUCCCCUCUCCGGCCGCCGCCGCCGCCGCCGCCGCCGCCGCCGCCCCUCUCCGGCCGCCGUCGCCGCCAUGAACUAUAUCAUUGGAGCAUUCAAGCCACCAUGUGACAUCUCGAUUACAUUCUCUGAUGCGAGGACCAGGAAGCAGGUUUCAGUUAAGAAGGACAAUGGGAAGACAACAAUGGUCCCUGUUUUCCAGAGCCUGGAAACAAUAUCUGGAGAAGUAUCGAUAGCACCAGUCCCAGGUAAAAGGAUUGAACACAUGGGUGUUAAGAUCGAGUUGCUGGGCCAAAUAGAGCUGUAUUUUGACCGAGGGAACUUCUAUGACUUCACUUCCUUAGUGCGUGAGUUGGAUGUUCCUGGUGAAAUCUAUGAAAGAAAAACAUACCCAUUUGAGUUUUCGACUGUUGAAAUGCCAUAUGAGUCUUACAAUGGGACAAAUGUCAGACUGAGGUACAUUUUGAAGGUGACUAUUGGCAGAAACUAUGUUGGGAAUAUUGUGGAAUACCGGGAUUUCUGUGUAAGAAACUACUCUCCUGUCCCUACAAUCAAUAAUAGUAUUAAGAUGGAAGUUGGAAUUGAGGAUUGCUUACAUAUUGAGUUUGAGUACAGCAAAAGCAAGUACCAUCUCAAUGAUGUGAUUAUUGGGAAGAUAUACUUCCUUCUUGUUAGAAUAAAGAUAAAAAAUAUGGAGCUGGAGAUUCGGCGUAGGGAGUCAACAGGGUCGGGCUCUAACACAUAUGUUGAAACUGAGACUCUUGCUAAGUUUGAGCUGAUGGAUGGUGCUCCUGUCAGAGGUGAGUCUAUUCCAGUGAGGCUGUUCCUGACGCCUUAUGAGCUGACCCCAACUUACCGCAACAUAAACAAUAAAUUCAGCGUCAAAUACUACCUGAAUCUGGUCCUUGUGGAUGAGGAAGAUAGGAGGUACUUCAAGCAGCAAGAGAUCACAAUGUACCGUCUCCUAGAAUCUGCCCCGGCUUCCUAGACCCUGGCCUGGAGCAGCAUGAUGUUCACCUCAGGUUUUGUAUAAUUGAGCGCUGAGGUUAGAGCGAUGUUGUGUUUACCUGUAUAUAACUCCAGAAGAGCGCCGCAGUUUGACUGCUGCUGUGGCCAUGCAUGCUGUCUUGUUGAUUGUGUCCUUUUUUUUUCCACUCCUUACCUUGCUUAUGGUCUAUGGCACAAGCACUGUUAACUGGGAUUGCUAGUGAAUCACCUGCCUCUAUUUAUUUACCAUUCUCGUGAGGCUUCUACAAGAACCAUGUUUGAUCUGUGGAUAUUUUGCUGCGGGAUGUUAGUUUAGGUUGACAGUAAUGUAAUAUGUUUACGCGAGUUGAACAAUGUAGAUUUUACUUGGAGUGCCCGAUGGCAAACUGUGUUUCAUCCAUCA